ACUCGCCAAAUCAGAGCUCGCGACCCAAGACCAGCCACCGCGCAUCUCCAGACCUUUGCCCUUCACCACACGCGCACACUCUUUGUCGCAAGAAGCAGACCCCCAAGAUCGCGCCCAACUUGAACUCCCUCAACAUACCUCUACUGCAUAUUUUUCCCGCCAGCCAAAACAAAUUACCUGCGCAGUAGUCCGUCCUCGCGGCGCAUAUCAAACAAGAUGCCUGACGUCAAGCGAUGGGUCAAGCUCGUCACCCACCAGAAGCCCAUCGCGGAGCCUUCGCCCGUUGAGGGCUACCCCAUGCGAUCAUGGAGCAUAGAGAUCUGGCUGCUAGAUGACCAGGGCAACGAGGUCAUGCCUAACGUCUUCGAGAAGGCUGUUUACAAUCUGCAUCCUUCAUUCGAGAAGAACAAGCACAUCAUCAAGAAGCCGCCGUUCCGCAUCGACGAGAAGGGUUGGGGUGAAUUCGACAUGACCAUCGUACUGACCGCCAUUGGCAAGGGCGGCGACCACACGCUCGACCACGACCUAAACUUCCAGGCAGAGCGCUACGAGGCCAAGCACCAAGUCACUUUCCGUAACCCCAAGCCCGAGCUACUCGCCCUCCUCGCAGAGUCCGGCCCCGCCGAAGCAAACGGAAUGCGCAACAAGGACCAGGCCAAGAAGAAGAACCGAAGGGACAAGAACGUGGACAUGGAGAAGCUUGCCGAUGGUCUGCAGAAGCUGGGCGAGGAUGAUCUUCUACACGUCGUCACCCUGGUACACGACAACAAGACUAGCGAGACGUACACUAAGAACGACGUUGAGAAUGGCGAGUUCCAUGUCGACCUCUAUACUCUACCCGAUUCCCUCGUCAAGAUGCUCUGGGACUUUACGGCGAGCAAGGUCGAAUUAUAGAGUGGUUUGAUCGCUGUUUGACGGUUUUCCGUCUUUCUGUCGAUCCCGACCAUUCCCGGUAUCACGUUCGCAUUUCACACAACCCCUUUCCCAGCAUAGCUAUGCUAGAGGUGUCGUGGCAACAUCAUAGUUGCUUCGGUCCUUGCGUUGGAGGAUUGUGUGUUCUAUGCGAAUCAACGUCCAACGAUAUAUCCCCACCAUGUUUUUUGUUCUUCUCGUGUUCAUGAGCCUCGGAGUUUAAAGGGCAAAAGCUGGGUGUGGCUAUUGCAUGCAUGAAUAGCAAAUCUUUUGGAUCGAUUGGCGCUGGAUGAGGGUUACAGGCUUAUUAUAGGUGGUGGAACUAUGCAUGGGAGAUGAAUGAGGGUACCUAAUUCUUGAUCUUUCUCUUCUUCAUGUUUCUCUUCUGUUUUUGAUUUUGUGACUACCUUUAUUAAUGCUGUGUACGAACGACCAUGUGAAUUCCGU